AUGGCCGCGAUGCUCGAAUUCCGCACCCAAGGGUUUAAUCCCUACGCGGUCAAGUACUCGCCAUAUUGCGACGCCCGCGUCGCCGUUGCCGCCUCGUCCAACUUUGGCAUCGUCGGAAACGGCUGCCUCUUUGCCCUCGGCUUGACCGCCCAAGGCAUUCAGGUAGAGAAGACGUUCAACACCAACGAUGCGCUCUACGAUCUGGCCUGGUCCGAGAUCAACGAAAACCAGCUGGUCGUCGCAGCCGGCGACGGGUCUCUCAAGCUCUUUGACCUGGGUGUCCACGACUUCCCCGUCAUGAACUUUCACGAACAUAAGCGGGAGGCAUUUGCCGUCUGCUGGAACCCCGUCACAAAAGACAGCUUCCUGUCGAGCUCGUGGGACGGGACGGUCAAGAUUUGGUCGCCGACGCGGAACCAUUCCAUCAAGACUCUGCCCGUCGGCAACUGCACGUACAGCGCCGCCUUCUGCCCCUCGAACCCCGCCCUCGUCUCCGCCGUCUCCUCCGACUCCCACCUUCGAAUCUUCGACCUCCGAACACCACCUUCGGCCAAGUACCAUCUAGUAUCCGUCAUCCCGGUCCAUGCGUCCGGUGGCCAACCGGCGAUGAGCCCUCCGGCAGAGGUCCUGACGCACGACUGGAACAAGUACAACGGCACCGUCGUUGCCACCGGCGGCGUCGACAGGCUCAUACGGACCUUUGACAUCAGAAGUCCCGCCGCCGGCCCCAUCUCCGUCAUGCAGGGCCACGAUUAUGCCGUGCGCCGCUUAGCGUGGAGCCCGCACGCGAGUGACGUGCUGAUCAGCGCCAGCUACGACAUGACGGUACGGCUGUGGAACGAUGGCUCUCUGCAAAACCAAGGACCCGCCGUCGGUCCCAGAGCAGGCCACCAGCUUGGCCUCAUGAAUCGGCAUACCGAGUUUGUAACCGGCCUCGACUGGUGUCUGUUUGGAGCCGGCGGUUGGGUCGCCACCGUCGGCUGGGACGAGCGAGUCCUGCUCUGGGACGCCAACGGCUUCUUGAGAGGGCAUUGA